AUGGUGAACCCCGGAAAGCGCAUGAACAUAUUAAAGGCCGUAAAAGGUAAUUGCUUCACGCCGCUGCGCACUCUGCUUGAGGAAUCAUCCCCCAUUCUGACCCACGCGACAGCUGCUCGACUUACGGCAUGGCCCCGGUGCGGCAAUUCUCCCGCCGGAGAUUACGAGGAUACACAUGGAUUUUGCGAUGAGGUGGAACGACGGUCACCUUGGACCAAGGUGCGACCCCAAUUUGCAUUGGCUGAGAUCUGGCAACAACCCGCUAACGUAGAGGUCGACAGGAAAUUCUGGAAGCUAUGUCUACCGCGGUUGAAAUUCUGGAACCCAGCGAUCCCAAUGUUGUUAAAUCGGCACACAAACCAGUCGGGCCCAGCAGUCAUGUCCAUCUAUUUCCGUCAGAGCGCAGCAGCUGCCGCAUCAAGGCAUCAUCAACUACCGCUCGCCCAGCAGCCGCACUCGAGCACCACCAACGAGACGCCGGCGCCGGCGCCCGAGGAGGAUGAACGUAUAGUGACCAUUGAUAUGAAGAACCAGCACUCGGACGCCAUCUUGGCCGAAUUCUUGCACAAGACGGGCGCCACCCAGAUACAUCCUACGGCGGAAGAGAGGUCCGAGAUGGUGCAGGUCGAGGAGCUCAAAGAGAAGUCUGCUGUGGACCGUGCCAUUGUCAAGAAGUGGUUCGACGCCAAGCGGGCCGAGGAGAGGAUGGCUGCAAGGGCCAAGGAGGAGGCCGAGGCCAUCAGAUUGGCCAACCAAUAA